UGACAGAGUUUAACGUGCGUGAUAAUUUGGACUUACGAAUCACGACUUCUUCUAUAUAUAUAUAUUUUUUUUUUUUUUUUUUUUAAUACUUCGGUGUCGUUAUAUUUUAUUUAUAAUCGUUGAUACAUUCGUCCGGCCCAGUGCCGAAUUAAUCAGCCAAAAUUCGGGUUAAGAACAAAGAACCGUUGCCAUCGUACGCGAUGGAGAUGAGCGACGAUUAUCAGGACAUGGUUAAUCCAGGUGGUGGCGUUGCUAUGGGGAAUAUACAACCUAUGGGACAUCAUCGGCACACGCCUGAAAGUCCUUUGUCCCAUCAAGAAGAUGAUUUAUCAGAUCCCGAUUUACAGGAUGAAGAAAGUGGAGAAGAGUUACCACAGCAGCCACACGCCGGACACAGUACACAUCAGAACCCAACGGAUCCAUCGUCUAUAUCGACCAACACAACUCCCACACCUUUGACAAAUCUCAACACUCUUAUGAAUACACAUCAUCCACAUUUUCUAGCCAAGUUAAAAAUGGAGGCCGAUGUCGAUAUCUUAAACAACAAAAGCGGAUUGGAAGCAUUACAAGCGGCAAUGGGUAGCGGUGGUUUUAGUUUACCAUUUUCAUUUCCUCCAACAUUUUUACCACCUCAACAUCAUGGACAAAAUAAUCAUGCGCAAAGUGGAUUGGUACCAUCUACGUCAUCGGCAGCUGCAGCAGCAGCAGCAGUAGUUGCUCUAGGAUCUGGAUUAGGAGCAGGAUUAGGACCACCAGGACUAAAUACGGCAAGCGGAAGCAACAUUAAUCAGGCUACGUCAUCGGCAAGUUCACAUUCGAGCGAAUCAUCGCAGUGCAGUGGAAAAACCGGAGGAGAAGUUCGGGAUGCUGGUAAUAAUCAUUCCCACAACACUAACAACAAUAAUGCAACGUCUAAUCAUCAACAACAAACAAGUUGGAGUUUCGAGGAGCAGUUCAAACAGUUAUACGAGAUUAAUGACGAUCCUAAACGAAAAGAGUUUCUCGACGACCUCUUCAGUUAUAUGCAAAAACGAGGAACGCCGAUCAAUCGGUUACCGAUCAUGGCAAAAUCAGUAUUGGAUCUUUACGAACUAUAUAAUCUUGUGAUCGCUCGUGGCGGUCUGGUCGACGUUAUAAACAAAAAGCUUUGGCAGGAAAUCAUCAAGGGUCUCCACCUGCCUUCUAGCAUUACUUCCGCCGCAUUUACUCUUCGCACUCAAUACAUGAAAUAUCUCUACCCAUAUGAGUGCGAAAAACGACGAUUAUCAACUCCCGCGGAACUUCAAGCAGCGAUCGACGGAAAUCGUCGAGAAGGCCGCAGGAGUAGUUAUGGCACAUACGCUGCCGGUGGACCAGGUAACGAGGGCUUGGUCCAAAGAAAUCCACCGAACUCGCUGGCAUUGCGAGCUCAAAUGUCACCGUUAUCAUUGGUGACAGCGGUGUCGGGUCAUCACGGAGCUGGACAGUCAUUGGUUAACGGACAUUCAGCUCACACGAAUUUACCACACCAUCAUCAUCAUCACCCGCACCAUGCUCAACAUGCCCAAGGACCGUUGAGCCAACCUCCUACCUUGUCUAUGUCAAAUUUAGCACCAUCCGAGUUUGAAGCACGUAUGGUAGAGUACGUAAAAUUAUUAAACAAGGAAUUAAGAAAUGCAGGAGCAGGUACUCCGCCACCGAUAAUAAAUCGACAAGGUAGUUCAACACCACCUCCAUCGACACCUCCUAAAGAUGCAAACACGAGCAAUUAUGAGAUGUCACGGUUAACCCUAUGGGGAAUGUACGGCAAUAAUAACCCCAUAUAUUCGGCAGUGAUACACCAACCAUCGUUAUCACCACAAACGUCACAAUCGCCGUUACAACAAGCGUCCAGUCCAGAACCGCAAAGAGAAGCGUUAGAUCUUGGACUGAGGUCCUCACCCGUAUGUUCCUCGCCAUCUGGACCAAGUCCUCUAUCAUCUGGCAGCAGUUUUCACACCAGAAAGGACAAUGAACAAGGUCCACCAGCUGCCAAAAGACUGCUAUGCGACGAGGAUAACCCACCUGAUAAAAAUCCUUCUUCCUCCACAGGAACACACAUCAAGAUCUGCAAUCGAGGAGAUGGAAAGAAUGGUGAAAAUUCUCUAGUAGUCAGCGUGGAACUGAACGGUGUCACAUAUCAAGGAGUUCUUUUUGCCCAAACCGAUUCGAAGAAUGCAACAUCAUCAUCAUCAUCAUCAACGACGUUGACCCAUAACGAAAAUGGAAAAACUUCACGGAGCAUUGCAUCGUGAAUGCAUUAUAUAUUACAAAUAAUAAACAUAAUUUAGAUUUA